AUGGCUGCCGAGGCUGAGACCAGCCGUGAUGCUGGAGCAAAGAUUAUCGCUGCCGAAGAAGAACCGAGAGCAUCUGCCGCUCUUGAGGAAGCCGCUACCGUCAUUUCGAGGGUGCCAUGCAGCUUCUUUACUUUCAUACUCUAA